UGCUCCUUCGUUUUGGCCGUUGGAUGGCUUUUCCGGGGCCAGAGGCAGGCAGGCACUCCCAUAUAUAUUGAGUGGAGCAUCCAUGUGGGGGUUUAAUGAGAGCAUGUAGUGGAAGAGGAAGGUGGGGAGGGUAGAAUCCAUUCAUGAACGAGAAGUCCUCUUUGCACCGCCACCACCACAACCCUUUCUUGCAAGUAGUAGCGGUGGCUUAGUCCAUCUCCAUCUCUCUCUCUCUCUCUCUCUGCGUGUGUGUGUGUGUGUGACCAGAGUUAUAGUUUCUAGUUUCCUCAGCAGCCACAUCAACAGCAGUAGAAAUGACUAAAGCUGAUGACUUUAAGCUCCUCAAGAUCCAGACGUUCAUUCUCAAAGUGCACAUACACUGUGAUGGGUGUAAGCAGGAGGUGAAGAAGCUUCUUCAAAGGAUUGAAGGAGUCUAUACAGUCAGCAUAGAUGCAGAGCAACAGAAGGUCACGGUCUCAGGAAAUGUGGACUCCAAGACCCUGAUCAAGAAGCUGGCCAGGUCGGGCAAGUAUGCAGAGCUCUGGACUCAGAAGCCCAACAACCAGAGCUAUAAGCUCAACCAGCAGCACCAAGCUGCCCGUUCCCUUAAAGAUGGCACCAAGAACAGCAAAGGCCAGCCCAACCAGGCCCUCAUUCAAGGACUCAAAGCCUUCAAGAACCAGCAACACAAGUUUGAUUCCUUGAGCUCCGACGACGAGGACUACGACGACGACGAUGAGAUUGACGUUGAUGAGCUUCGGCUCCUUGGCGAUAAGAUGAAUCAACUCAAUCUACUGAGGCAGGCAAACAAUGCAGCAGCAGCGGCAGCUAAUGCCAAGAAAAAUGGCAAUGCUGGUGGGAAUGACAACAAUGUAGCCGGAAAGAAAGGGGGUGGGCACGCGAACCAGAAUAUGGGGCUAAAGGGCCCGAAUGGGCCAGACCAGAAGGGCUUAAACGCUGCAUUCCCCAACUACAAGAUGGGUAAUGUUGCCCACUUGGGUGGUGGCAGUCUUAAUGCAGGGGAAGGCAGGAGGGUGGGUGAUGUCAAUGGCUUGAUGGGCAUGGGAGGCCUCCAAGGGCUUGGUGGGAACAAUGUGUUCGGGUUCCACCAAGCCCAGCAGCAGCAGCGGCAGCAGCAGCAGCAUCUUGGCAACACCCUCCCCACAGGCUUCCCAGCAAAUGGUGGUGGCGGGCUUAGUGGGGCCCAUCAGGCACCCAUGAUGGGGAGCCUGCAAGCCUAUCAGAACCAUCCAUCAGCCAUGAUGAUGAACUCCAGGGGACUCGACAACAACACGCUGGUGAAUGAAAGCAGGUACAUGCAACCCCAGAUGAUGUACAAUAGGGCUCCUCAAAUCCCACCCUACACUGGCUAUUACUAUCCCUACUAUCCAAGUCCUUACCUCUACCACCAGGUCCACCACCAACCAGAGACCGGUGAUUAUGGUGCCCAUCUUUUCAGUGACGAGAACACCAGUAGUUGUGCUGUGAUGUAAAAGCUUACAGGUUGUGCGCUAGGAUCUGGAGGGUGUGAGGUAUGUGAUAAAAAGGUACUAGGUGCUUUUGGUUGGUUUUUCUUUUUCUUUUUCCUGUGGUUAAGGCUUGCUAUAAAAGUUGAUAAAAAAAAAAAAAGGCUUGCUAUAAAAGGUUCAUAUGGCGCCAUUUGACACCGACGGCAACCUGGGAUAUUAUUUAUUUGAUGCAGGUAUUAAAAGUUUAUAAUACUAUCUUUCAUAUCGUCUAA